AUGAACGGAAUUCAAGUAGAUAUCAACCAUUUAAAGAAGGGCGAGGUUAGCCUGGGGACUUCGAUUAUGGCUGUCACCUUCAAGGAUGGUGUAAUUUUGGGUGCGGAUUCACGAACGACUACGGGCUCUUACAUUGCCAACAGGGUCACUGACAAGCUUACGAGAGUACACGACAAAGUGUGGUGUUGCAGAUCUGGGUCAGCAGCAGACACGCAAGCCGUUGCAGACAUCGUUAAAUACUAUCUUGAUCUGUACACCACUCAAUUUGGAGAACCUUCAACGAAAACCGCUGCUUCGAUUUUCAAGUCCCUCUGUUACGACAAUAAGGACAAUCUCACUGCUGGAAUAAUUGUGGCUGGCUACGACGAGAAGAACAAAGGGGAAGUUUACAGCAUACCAUUGGGCGGCUCUAUACACAAGCAAAAAUAUGCCAUUGCUGGCUCCGGUUCGACUUUCAUCUACGGUUACUGCGACAAGAACUACAAAGAUGACAUGUCGAAAGAAGAAACGAUAGAUUUCAUGAAAAACUCCCUUUCGCAAGCCAUCAAAUGGGAUGGCUCAUCCGGUGGUGUGAUCAGGAUGGUAGUGUUAACGAAGGAAGGAGCAGAACGUCUCAUCUUCUAUCCUGAUCAGUAUGAAAACCUGUAG